AGUUUGAGGGGAUCUUCCUUGGCGCCCGCUGCACUGAAGGUGAAUCUGCCGGAGUGAGGGAGAGGGAUCUUUCAGUGGAUCGAUCGCUGGCGAGAGCCCUCCUCCCCAGUCGGACUAUGGUGAACCUGCUCUGCGAAUUCCUGAUGUUGACAACUCGACUCCUUGUGAAAUCCAGGAAGCUGCUGCUCUGGGCUCUGACUUACAGUUUCUGUGGGCUCUGUGCCUGCCUGGUCUUGCUGAAACUUUUGUGGCACAUAAUCAGGAAACCAACAGAGACCUUUCAGUGGAUUGUCCGCGAAACUCUGCCCGCCUGCUUAAACGACACGUCCCUGGGAACACACUGUUAUGUACGAAUUAAGGAGUCAGGAUUAAGGUUCCACUAUGUUGCUGCUGGGGAAAGAGGCAAACCCCUUAUGCUGCUGCUGCAUGGAUUCCCAGAGUUCUGGUACUCUUGGCGUUAUCAGCUUCAAGAAUUUAAGAGUGAAUUCCGAGUGGUUGCAGUUGAUUUACGAGGAUACGGGGAAUCAGAUGCGCCCAUUGGUCGAGAAAACUACCAGCUGGAUUGUUUGAUCACAGACGUAAAAGACAUUGUGGAUUCCCUCGGCUACAAGAAAUGUGUCCUGAUUGGCCAUGAUUGGGGUGGAUUAAUCGCCUGGUGUUUUGCUAUCUAUUAUCCUGAGAUGAUAAGUAAGAUUGUCGUUUUGAACUGCCCACAUCCUACAGCUUUUUGUGAUUACAUGGUACGACAUCCCUCCCAGCUGAUAAAGUCAAGUUACUUUUUCUUUUUCCAAGUGCCAUGGCUUCCUGAAUUUGUUCUUACAAUAAGUGAUUUCAAGGUGUUGAAGUACUUAUUCACAAGUCAGAGCACAGGCAUUAGGACAAAUGGCUGCAAGAUGACUGCGGAUGAGAUUGAAGCCUAUCUGUACAUCUUUUCCCAGCCUGGAGCCUUCGCUGGACCACUCAGCCACUUCAGAAACAUAUUCAGUAGCCUUCCCCUGAAUCAGAAUGAGGUGAUGUCACCCACCCUGUUGCUGUGGGGAGAGAAGGAAGAAUUUCUGGAAUUCAGAAUGGCCGAAGUCACAAAGACAUAUGUGAGGAAUUACUUCAGACUGAAUAUUGUGCCCAAGGCCAGCCACUGGCUUCAACAGGACCAACCAGAAACAGUUAAUAAUUUAAUCUGGGCAUUUUUAAAGGAGGUUGACCAGUAAAACAUGUUGUCACUGAUGAUAUGAUUUAAGACGAGAAGAUUUUGCGACAGUUCCAGUGUCAAAAGUAAAUGUUUUUCUGUGUCGCUUAACUCUAGCCAAUCCCCCUUUACAUGUGCUGUCUGAAAUCUUUCAGUGGUGCUGAAUGAAGGUCUGCUUGUAAGGUUCGUACUUUGUUCAAGCACUAUUUAUUAGGCUACAUGUAAUUCUGCGCAGUAACCAUUUAAAGCUGUGGUGUCCCUUUACAAAAUGUGCAUUAACAAUAAUAAGUGUGUG